CGGGCCCGUGCCCGGGGGCGGGGAGCGGCGGCGGCCGGGCGCGCUGGGAGCGGCGGCGGGCGCGGUGCGAUGGCGGGCUGGGCGCUGCGGGUCCUGGCGCUGGCGCUGCUGGCGGCGCUGCCCGCGGCCGUGCUGGGCGACACGCCGGCAAACUGCUCCUUCGCAGACCUGCUGGGCGCCUGGGAGCUCCGCGUCUGGCGGGCCGGCGGCCGCCACGGCAACUGCUCGCAGGCGGGGCCUGUGGAGAAAAAAGUCGUUGUCAAUCUUCAGAAGCUAGAUGUGGCUCAGGAUAGUCUGGGCAACUAUGGUUUCUUCACUUUGAUUUACAAUCAAGGCUUUGAAAUUGUGAUAAAUGACUACAAAUGGUUUGCAUUUUUUAAGUACAAAAAGGAAGGCCAGAAUGUAACCAGCUACUGUAAUGAGACCCUACCAGGAUGGGUGCACGAUGUGCUUGGCCACAACUGGGCUUGUUUCACAGGACACAAGAUUUCUUCAUCUCCGUCCGAUGUUCACAUCAAUGAGCUACCUCUCCACAAGCCCAGGGGAAGACUCUCCCACAGACGUUACGUGCACAACUUUGACUUUGUAAAUGCUAUCAAUGCUCACCAGAAGUCAUGGAGAGCGACAAGAUACAAGGAGUAUGAGAAUUUUGCCCUGGAAGAACUAACUAAAAGAGCAGGGGGUAUCUAUUCUAGAGCCUCAAGACCAAAGUCUGCACCUCUAACACCUGAGUUACUCAAGAAAGUUUCAAGCUUGCCAGAAUCCUGGGACUGGAGAAAUGUGAAUGGUGUCAAUUAUGUCAGCCCUGUUCGGAAUCAAGGCUCAUGUGGCAGCUGUUACGCAUUUUCUUCCAUGGCCAUGCUGGAAGCAAGGAUACGUAUCCUCACAAACAACACUCAGAAACCGGUCUUCAGUCCCCAGCAGGUUGUGUCUUGCAGCCAGUAUUCUCAGGGUUGUGAUGGUGGCUUUCCAUAUCUCAUUGGUGGAAAGUAUGUCCAAGACUUCGGUGUGGUGGAAGAGGACUGCUUCCCUUACACAGCCCAAGACUCUCCGUGCCUCUUCAAGCGCAGCUGCUACCACUACUACACCUCUGAGUACCACUAUGUUGGUGGUUUCUAUGGAGGCUGCAAUGAAGCCCUGAUGAAACUUGAGCUUGUUAUGCAUGGCCCAAUGGCUGUUGCCUUUGAGGUUUAUAAUGAUUUCAUGCUUUACAAAGAGGGGAUCUACCAUCACACUGGGCUGCAGGAUGAUUUAAAUCCAUUUGAAUUGACCAAUCAUGCUGUCUUACUGGUGGGCUAUGGUAAAGACCCAGAAAGUGGUGAGAAAUUCUGGAUUGUGAAGAACAGCUGGGGCACCUCAUGGGGAGAAGAUGGCUACUUCAGAAUCCGCCGUGGCACUGAUGAAUGUGCAAUUGAGAGCAUUGCAGUGGCUGCAACUCCUAUUCCAAAGUUAUAAUGUAAAGGUCUUCAUGCAGUGCCUUGUUCUGAGCCAUAAGACAUACUGAAGGUUGAAGCUUCUGGUUAAAAUCUGUCCCCUAGCUUGAAAAGGCAGCUUUGAGGAAUUUUUCUACAGUAGAGCAGUUUCCAUAUGUGGGAAGGUGAACUCUGUUAAUUCUGCACUGUGCACUGGAAGCUUCCUCUCAAGUCUGACAGUA